CAGCAGUGGAAUCAGCAGCCGGGCGGGCGGUGUGUGUGUGCAGUAGGGAGCGAUGCUGGGAGGCUGAGGGUCGCAGUGAAUGUGCGGACUGUACCGGGGGGCUGUGUUCCGCUGGGCAGGUGGGCUCUCCAUGCGGGAGCGGAGGUGUAAGGACCCAGAGGAGAUAAUGGACAAGCAGAUGGCUCGCUGUAAAAUAGUGGUGGUCGGGGAUACUCAGUGUGGCAAGACGGCUCUCCUCCAUGUCUUCGCCAAGGACUGCUACCCAGAGAAUUAUGUCCCCACCGUUUUUGAGAACUACACAGCCAGCUUCGAGAUAGACAAGCAGAGGAUCGAGCUCAAUAUGUGGGAUACGUCUGGCUCAGCAUAUUAUGACAAUGUCCGUCCCCUGGCAUACCCGGAAUCUGAUGCUGUACUCAUUUGUUUUGAUAUCAGUCGGCCGGAAACUUUAGACAGUGUAUUAAAAAAGUGGCAAGGUGAGACUCAGGAGUUCUGUCCAGGUGCCAAGAUCAUUCUGGUGGGCUGUAAACUUGAUAUGAGAACGGAUAUGAACACUCUGCGGGAACUGUCCAAACAGAGACUCAUCCCAGUUACACAUGAACAGGGCAGCACGCAGGGCCGACAGAUUGGAGCAGUGGCCUACGUUGAAUGCUCAUCCAAGGUGUCAGAAAACAGUGUGAGGGACGUCUUUCAUGUAACUACCUUGGCCUCUGUUAACCGUAUUCACAAGAAUCUCAAACGCAGCAACUCCAAGAGGGGACUGAAACGCGUAUCGCAGCUGCCUGGACGGACUGAACUGUUGAGCGAGACAGAGAUACGCAAAGACCGUGCCAAGAGCUGUUCUAUCAUGUGAAAGUCUGCCUGGCUGUAAAAAAAAAUAAAAAAAGUGUGUAGAGGUUCCACUUUGCACCAGUAUAGGGGCAUCCAAUGCACAGAAAUAGCAGGUUUUGCUUUGGCCAGUGUUGUGUAAGCAUAGUUAAGACGCUGAACUAUUUCUGGAUCGCUGUAGGGAAAAAAAAUGAUGGAAAAUGCAAGUCAAUGGCGUUCUAAAAAAAAAAAAAAACACAAAAAACAGCGCAUUCAAAGUUUGCUUUUGUCCUGCUGAUUCUGUCCCCAUAGUGUAUUUAUAUGCGCACACAGCUCGCGCCCAUUGUACAGAGCUAAGAGGAGGCGUCUGUGUAAAGCCUAUGUAAUGUGUGUAUAUAUGUAUGUAUGUUUAUAUGUAUAUAUACACACAGAUGAUGCACAUUGUGUAAUGGAGAGGUUUGGAAGGUUGUGUUGGUUUGAUAAUUAAAGCAUUGUUGUAAUCCAAAAAUAUAAUUAAAUACAAUUUAUUGUUA